AUGGAUGAUGGUGCCAUUGAUUUUCCAUUUCUGGAUUCCUCUAGAUGUUUCUGGAUCGUGACACUCUUGGUGCUGCUGUUCCAUGUCCGGAUGACCUUUGGCGCUCUGACUUGGGACUUUGCCACGGUUAAGCAUGUGAUCAGCACCCAACUGACUAUGGGAGCAUUUUUAAAACAAGAGAUUGGCGACAAAGACCGAAGGGUGGAAGAGGAGAUCUUUAAGCUACGCAGGCAAAACUAUGCUGUGAUAAGCAAAAGUGUGGCGCAUGUGGCACUUCCACUCUUUUUAACUUUUGUGCGGGUGGCACUUCUGGAGCCUAACCUCAUCAGCGGGGCUCAGUGCGCGGCGGGGCUCUUUUUCUACUUGAUGCACUGCGUGGUGGGCAAGGAACUCAUCCAGCUGACUCCUGAGCGAAUGAAGAGCUUUUGCUACUCCAUCCACAUUUGUUCCCUUGUGUUCAUGAUUUUGAAUGCAACCUAUGCAACAGACCUCGUCUCAUUUGCUGCCAUGCAGCCCUUCCUUGCAACUGGGCGGAUUGCCCAGCUUGGUUUUUUGGACAAGUCAGUGAAGAUCCCAUUCGACAUCCUGUAUGCCCUAGUGGACAUUGGGAUCUUCAUUGUGGUCUUCGAGGUGCGCGAUUCGACGUCAAUCUCUUUCAUGCUGAUGUCAGAGCUUACCUUCACCCUGGCCAACAUCUUCGCCUCCUGUGUGCUGGAACUCUGGGUGCGCGCGCGUGUCGUGGCAACGCUGCAGACGGCGGACGCGGAGAGUUUGGUCUCCAGCUUUCGACGGAUGCUACGGGGGGUCUGUGAUGGCGAGGUCCUGUUGGAUCACAACUUCGAAAUCUGUGGCGAAAGCAAAUGCUUGCAACAUUUGAUCACCACCACAGUGAGCAUGGCGGGCAAGUCUUUUGAUUCCUUACUCUUCGAGGAGGAGCGGAAGCGCUUUGCGGAGUUUAUUCAGUCCUCAACAGAAAGCUGCGGGUCGUCGGAGUCAAGGCUGAAGUUUUGGCCUCCCGUGUGUCUGCGCAUGUCCUUCCGUGGAUCUGCUGGCAUCCGGGUGGCUGCUGAUAUCUAUCACGUACCAGUCCCAGGUUUGCAUGGGUCCGACAAGCCUUUGCAUUUGAUUGCCUUCAAGGAAGAUUUGGAAUUGCGGGCACAAACAGAUGCCCAGGAAGACGCCCCGCCCCAGCUGCUUCCCAACCUCGGCGGCGACCCCGGCAGCACGUCGUCGCUACGGAGCCUGGGGCCGUCGUCGUCGAGGAUGGGGGAGUCGCGGAGUUUUCUGCCAGGUGUUCCAGAGCUGCGGGAAAUGGCUUUGCUGGUGGAUGUGAACACCGAAAGCCAAGACGUGGUGAAGGCGCACCUCCGUUUCCGGCGCCGAAAGGAUGAACCGCCAGAGUCGAAGUCAUCGAUGCCCAGCAUGAAGAAGAUGGUGGUCCCUGCGGAAUGGCCGAACCUCAAAGCGAAGGUGGCGGAGUUCGCAGACAAGGCUUUUUGGACCCCCAAUUUGCCGCCCCAAGACUUGAAGCUUGCUCUGCCCAUUCACUUUCCAGACGAUCGCUUGGUGUUGGCCAAGCAGGUCUAUUUGAAGUCGAUCACUGGAGAAGAGUCGGGCAGCAAGGUGUGGAUUGGUUUGACCGGUUUUUCGGCCGUGUCACGCUGCGCAUCGUCCCCACACGACAUCCGGGAGAUCCGGGAGAUCCGGGAGCCCGGAGGCAACUCGGGGGGCCCCGUCUUGGGAGCACAUGGCCUGGUGGUAGGGAUGGCCUGCAGCCACCUGAAGAACGCAUCGAAUAUUGGCUACAUCAUUCCGUCCCAGGUGCUGGAACAGUUCAUUUCCUGCAUCGAAACCCACGAAGAUCUACGGGUGACCAGCUGUUACUUGGGCGUAUCCUCCCUUGGCAUUGGCCGUGUGCAGACGCUGGAGAGCCCUGCUUUAUGUCGCCGCUUGGGCCUGCCGGAGGGAUGCCACAGCGGCGUUCGCCUUUGUAGCGUUUUCCCCUUGGGCUCUUCUGCAGGGUUGAUGCAGGAGGACGAUGUGCUGUUGGAGAUCGAUGGAACCGAGAUUAGCCAGGAUGCCACCGUUCCUUUGCGGGACAAUGAGCGAAUCCACUUUGGCCACUUGAUCGCCAAGCAUGUGGCAGGUCGUGACAGUGUCAAGGUGAAGUUGUGGAGAGAAUCGGAGUCGCUCGAGGUGGAUGUGGCCCUGCGGCCCGACCGCUGGCUGGUGCCUCGCAUCGAUGGCUACGACGCUGCGGCGGAGUACGCGAUCAUUGGCGGCUUGGUCUUCAUUCCGUUGAGCCAUCCAUGGGCGGAGUUGAAGAGCCACGACAAACACUGGAGUUCCUCGCGAGCCCUGAUCCACCACUACUGGGGUGAAGCCUUGGACCAAGAGGGGCGUCAAGUGGUGGUCCUGUCCAAGGCGGGUGGCACCGGUGGUGUUUUCCCCACGGAGCGGCCAUUUCCCCCUCUCGGGUCGGGCCAAAAUGUGAUGCGCCGUGCCUGCACCGUGUUUAGCGCGGGCAUCGCAUUCCUCUGCGGCGUGGGAGGUCCUGGUUUCAGCCGUUGCAUCCGGAUGCCGGGCUUUCGUCAGCUGGAAAUCACGCAGAAGAACUGUGGCAUUGCGCUUGAGCGGAGCAAUAGCUUUCCUCUGCUGGAUGCCUCGAGAGUGCUGUGGGAUUAUGUGGGUCUUGGCCAACAGGAAGGGCCACUGGCACCAUACCUUAUGCAAGCACGCGAUGUGGCAACGCGAGGAGAGUUGAAAUUGAGGGCCUUGAGCUUCUUUGGCGGAGGCGCAGAAGAGGAGUCUGUGGGGCCCAUUUUGAGCCGAUUGGACUCAGAGGCACAUCGGAAGGUGACAAAGCUCAUCGAGGAUCAUCCCAAGAUGCCACCGGAGCGACAGGAGCUCCUGCAGAAGCAAGCUGCUGAGGUCAUGACGCGGGCCAGAGAAGCACUGCAGGAGACCGCUGAAGGUUUGGGGGAGAGACGAGCUUGGCUACCGGCAUGGACUUCGAAGAUUCAGGUCCUAGAGGCAGCCUUAGUCCAGAUCACCACACCAGAGAUGGCUGAGACGGGGAUGCAGCAGGGGAAAGGACAAGAAGCUGACGUAGGAUGUCCAAUUGUGGGCCGCAGUGCGACUUCAGAUGAUGAAUGUUCCAGACACAUCCAGGUGAUUUAUGGAACGGCCAUCCUGAGGUUUGCAGCCAACGUUGCCGCAGCCUGCGCUAUGGAGUUGGUAGAGCAGCCGGAUGAGCAAUCUUCUUGGGCCGUGAAGGUGAAUCUGCCGGAGGAGCAGGUUGUCCUGGCACAAGAAAGGGUCAAUGCCUUCCUUCAGGUGUUGGCACAUCCAUGCAACGUGGGAUAUCACAACCUGAGCAAUUUGAUUUUGUCGCGUUUCGCGGGGCAACCCAUGCGCAAUGUGGCGGAAUUGGCUCGGGCAGUAUCUCGGUGUGAAGAGGAACAAUUAGUGUUCAACUUUCAACGGCCCCACGGGGACGGUGGGGAGUUGGUCGUCCUGGACCGGAAGGAAGCCAUUGAUGCGGAGCCAGAGAUCCUGGCACAACAUCUCAUCGCAGCACCCUGCAUGGUGCGAAGUGAUGGCAAGGGGGAACCAAGGCUGUUACCGUCUCGUCAUCCUAAAGCGGCGGCGGCGCGGGGAAAAAGGUUUUAUUCCUCGAUUGAAUUCGGGAUGGCCGCCAAGCAAGGAGGCAGUGAUACCUCGUUAGGCCCUACUGCCGGGGCUCCUAAGGUCAGACGAAAUCCCUUCUUCAAUCAAUGCUUAGAGCUGCAGCCGUUCCAGGAUGCACGUGCGGAAUCGAAGCAGUUUGGGCGUGUCUACCAAGCAGGUUGGGACGUCCCGAACCUCUUCUUACCCUCCUUGAGCUACGUCAAGGAGAACCCCAAAGCCACGGCGCACUUCCGACAGAAGCUCUGCGAAAAGGACUACGAUGCCGUGAGGCUUUUGCUGCAUGCUGGAUUUCCGCCUUCGGCUCCCUUGUCGCCACGGCAGCAUCGCACUGCCCUUUUCCUUGCUGUUGAGAUGGGAGAUGUGCUGAUGUGCCAGCUGCUGGUUAGCUUCAAAGCGGAUCCGUUCCAGCGCUUGAAGCCUCAAGACCUGCGAACCUUUGGUGACAUGGGCUCUGGCAAAGUGCAACCACAUCCCUUAGAUCUGGCUGUGCAGAACGACCAGUUGACGAUCAUCCACUUCUUCUCGAUGCAUCGCGAAGUUCCUCAAGCAUUGGAUCGUGGCAAUACCUUGCCCACCAGGCAAGAAUUCCCCCUGAGGCUCGAGUUGAAGGCCAAUGAGGAUGGCUUCUGGGGCUCCCGCGCGCCGCGCCCGUUGAAGCAUGGAUGA